AUGGACUUCUCUAACAGCAGCAUCUUCGGGGCCCUGUGCGGCUUUCUUCUGAUUCAAUCAACAUUCGCCUUGGUAACGACUCGAUCUGAGAAUGUAUCCCUCCAGGCUCGUUGGAAUCCCAUCUGCUGGUCCAUCCUUGUCAGUUCUUGGGACACAUGCGAGAGUCUGACUGCCAAAUGUGGAGUCUCGUCUGAGGAUUUCGCUACUUUCAACCCAGCUGUCUCGUGCUCUGCCCUACCCUUUGGAAAACCAGUUUGCUGCUCAGCGGGUACCCAAACUCUCCCACCGAAAGGACAAGAACCUUGGUGCUAUGACUAUACCGCUCGAGACGGUCAUACCUGCGAAGAAAUUGCCCAAGGAUACAAGAUCAGCGUCGCCGAUAUCGAGUCCUUCAACAAAGACACAUGGGGCUGGCAAGGAUGCGGCGCUCUUCAGGAAGGAAGCAGAAUGUGCAUUAGCCCUGGUGAGCCUCCGAUGCCAGUGGCCCUUGCGGGUCAUGUCUGUGGCCCUCAAGUACCUGGCGCCGUGCGUCCCAAAGACUGGAGUCAAUUGUCCUCUGUGAACCCAUGCCCGGUUGGUCAAUGCUGCUCUGGAAAUGGUCAAUGCGGCACUGGUGCAGAGUUCUGUGGUUCAUCCAAACCAGAAGGCGAGAAAGUCACUACUAAGGGCGCGCCGAUUGCACUGACGAGAGCCACGACUUCAAAAACCACUGAAAAGGCCUCUGUGACCUCUGUAGCGUCUGCUGCAACAACCAGUCACCAGUCCGAUAAAAGGGAAAUCAACCUCCUAGACAUCCCACUGACCUACUACCACCCCGAGGAAGAUGUGGCGCCCACAGCUACCACGAGCACAUCAAGCAAGACCACGAGCUCUGCAUCGAAAACUGGCUCUGUCGAGACUGUCGAAUACGGCUGGCAGCUACAGAUGUGGCCUGGCACAGGCUGCAAGGGUUCUAACUACAUGCUCCUCAAAGGCUACAACAAGAAGCUGGAGGACAGCGACUGUCUAGUUCUGCCUGGCUGGGACAUCUCCGAUGUUUUCGAUGGGAAAUCUGUCUCAUGUCAAUGGUGGAGCGACGGUGGUCUCACUUCGGCACCCUGCAACACUACUAAAUUAGUGACGCCUAGCUCCUGGAUAAUCUCCAACGGGUUAUGCACUGUCAGUCCGAAUGAGGUGUGCGACAAUUACAACGACCUUAGCCAGACUUACGGCGCACGAUGGGGUGGCACUUGUCAAAAUCGGAAGUCAACAGACCCUUCGCCGUUUGGGUCGAUGAAGUGUUAUGUUGGAUAG